UACCCUAAUUUGAUUGGCCUGUGGCCGCAGCCGUAGCGUUCACUGCGCGGUCCGCCUGACAUCACUGAAUAGACACGUUUUGUACGAGUAUUGCCAGAGAGAAGCUUCUCUCUGGUAUUACAUUAAAUCAAUUUAUACUUUUUUUCCUGAAUUUUCGUCGUAAUGGCUACGAUAUCCUUUCUUGGCGAAGAUAUGAUACUUCACAUCCUACGUACUAAUGAUAUCAGUAUUAAAGACGUAAAUUUUUCCUCUACAUGCAAGCAUUUUCGUGACAUGAUCGAAAGCAGCAACUCAUGUUGGCGAUGGAAAUGCUGUCAGAGAUGGUCUAAGUUGGAAAAAGGUUGUAAAAAAGAGAUGCAUAAAGGUGUUAAAUAUAUAAAUUUUAAAGAAUUAACAAAAGCAGGUAUAAAAUGUGCAAAAGAAUUACGACAUUUUUUAACGCAAAUGAACAGAAAGUUCUAUCACCAAAUUCCAGAGCGGGACAAUAGUGGUUAUAUUGACAUAUAUUAUGAUUAUAGAGAAGAUCCUAGAUUUCAUGAUAUCAAUUACGAUAACAAUUAUAUUAAUAUUAAUGAGGAUAUUCAUUUAUUGAUUCAUCCAGAUGAAACGGCACAUCCUUUGUCGAAUUAUUAUUUUCUUAUAAGUGAAUUAACAAAUUUACUUGAACGAUCAGAGAGUGAAUAUUAUACGGAAGAUUUGACAAAUAUUUAUUAUGCUAAACAAUUUCUUCCAUAAUAUCUGAAGCAUUAUCAUCUAAAAGAUGUUUGGAAGGAAUUUAUAAAUCGUCCUGUUGAACAGCAGCUGUUGGAAGAGGCGGCAACUUUUUUCUCACAAUGGUAUCAACUCAACAAAGACAUCCUUAUUCACGUAUACAGAAGGAACUCGAUAAUAUCACAGAACAAGUGAUGCAGCAAAUUCGAAUUGAACAUCCCACACAUCCAAUAUUUUCGGUACCCCAUGAACAGCUUUCGUUUUGGAAAUACAACAACAUCGAUAAGAAUCAAUUGAACAACAACGAUGGGAAACAAAUUCUAAAUAUCCUUUGCAAGAUUUUAUCUCAACUUUUUCCUUUCGAAAGUUUCCAAGGCUUUUAUAUAGAACAUUCAGCUAAAUGUUGUUAUAGAAAUAGCAAUUUUUAUAUUGAACACGUUCGCAUAGAUUACGUAAGUUAUAGAUUAUAAUAUAUUAUUAAGUAUAGCUUCAUACUUAUUAUUUCUUAUAAUGUUAAUACAUUCAUGGCUUAAAUUGUAACGGGUUUUAGAAGAAAGAAGUGGUUGUACUCUACCGGUGGCAGUUGUGUACGAAAGUGUUGCAAGAAGACUUGGUCUACUCUGUAAUAUAAUAUACGUCAACUUUGAAUGUUUUUUAAGUUGGAAA